GUGCUGUGAAGAUGAAGAUGUUUUCAAAACUGUGCAAAAAUCGAACUACAUACUGGAAUGAAGAUCAUAGCAGGUGUGAUUCCUGUGAACUGCCUCGUGAAGGAUAUGAAAUUAACAGUAACUGUGGUCGGGAUGACGAUGGUAAUCAUCAUGGUUCUGAGGCGCCCUGCAAGCCCAACCACUUCAAUGACGGGUCGACUUAUGAAUGCCAUCCCUGCUCUGUUUGUCCGAACGACACAAAGACACACUGUACCAAAACAAMGGACACCGUUUGUCACGAACUAAGAACGACAGCAGUUCCUGUGACGAGUCCGACCAGCUUACAACAUGUUACAGCUUUAUCCAGCACUCUAUACACGACCCAGACGACCGAUCCUACCCAACAAAAUGUUUCCGCUGCUGUGUGGGCAAUACCUGCUUCCAUCAUCCUGUUCAUCAUAUUCACCUUGAUCAUCUUCAAAAUGAAAAGAGCAAGAGGUCAGUGCGCCGACAUGUGCUUUAAAAGACGGCCUUCGUUCUCCAAUCAGGGUUUUGCUCCCAUCUACUCAGCGAGUAACACCGACGACCUGGAGGACGUCCUCGGCAAUGACAUCAUGACCGCGCCGUUACAGACCGUGCUGAACAACCUGGAUGUCCUGGAAGAGCUGGUGAUCUUGUUGGAUCCGGACACUCAAGGAAUGAAGAAUACCAAGCACCUGGCCUCCCACUGCUCCUUCCCCGCCACCUGGAUCACAUACACGUACUCCAUGAAGGACAGCAAAAGUCCCCUGAAAGCCGUGCUGGAGGGGGUCACCAGCAGGAACCCCGAUUGGACCGUGGGCCACCUGGCC